AUGCCGCACUCGACAUACUGCAAUGAUACAAGAACUUAUUGGGACAGGAGCAAAAAACAAUGCGUUUCAUGCGAGAAACCUGAUCCAGGGUAUGAAGUUACCCCUAACUGUGGCCGUGAUGACCACGGUGGGAUCCAUGAGAGCCCUCACCAGCCGUGCAGAACCGACACCUUUAACGACGGGACGGGUCUGUUUUUUUGUCGACCCUGUACGCUCUGCCCUGAUGAUGUCAAGACAAACUGCACCACAAAAUCCGACACGGAAUGCCACGACACAAGAACGACAUCAUUUCCUGGCACGACCGCCCUGAGCUCCACUCCUGUUUCCGCUGCCGUGUGGGCAGUACCUGUCGCCUUCAUCGCCCUGCUCGUCAUAUGUACCUUGAUUCUCUUCAAAAUAAAAAGAGGUCGGUGCACAGAGAAGUGCUUUAAAAGAAGGCCAUCGUUUACAGAUCCAGGUUUGGAUCUCGUCCCCUUCUCACCAAGCAACAACAAAGACAUGAAGGACAUCCUCACUGUCGACACCAUGGCAGCACCAUUACAGACCGUGCUGGACAAUCUGGAUGUUCUGGAAGACUUGGUGAUUUUGUUGGAUCCUGACACUCUGGGAAAAAAGAACACAAAGCAUCUGGCCUCCCACUGCUCCUUCCCCUCCACCUGGAUCACUUACACAUAUUCCAUGAAGGACAGCAAAAGCCCCCUGAAAGCCGUGCUCGAGGGGGUCACCAGUAGAAAUCCAGACUGGACUGUGGGCCACCUGGCCAAGAUGCUCAAACAAAUGGGCCGCAACGAUGCCAUCGCUGUCCUCGCUAAACUCAAGUCUGGUCCACCUGAACAACAGUACUUCUGAAAACAUCCAACCCACGCUCCAUUAUUCAUAAAAAAAAAAAGGAACAGUAAAGCGCAGAAUCCACAGCUACUGGUUCAUUUUACAUGACAAAUCCUACCCAGAGGUCCAUCUCCAUCUUCUAUUGCUUACUGGUUGUUGCAUCAUGGAGGCAACAGGUUCUGGAGAAGAAUCCCUCUCUCCAGCUCCUCCUCUGGGAU